AUGCCUCUAUAUGCAAAGUUCUUGAAAGAGCUUAUCAAUAAAAAGAGAACUUGGCAUGAGAAGGAAACCAUUAUUCUCACUGAGGAAUGCAGUGCUGAGAUUCAAAGGGGCCUCCCACCAAAGCUCAAGGACCCUGGGAGCUUCUUCUUACCUUGUACCAUUGGUAGCCUAACCAUUGAUAAGGCACUAUGUGACUUAGGAACAAGCAUCAACCUAAUUCAUUACUCCAUGAUGAGAAGGCUAUGCAUAGAAGAGGUAAAGCCCACACAAAUGUCACUAGAGCUCGUGGACAAAUCAUUGAUAAUUCCUAGAAGAGUGAUUGAAAACCUCUUGGUCCAAGUAGGGACAUUCAUAUUUCCUGCGAACUUUGUGAUCCUAGAUCUAGGAGAAGAAGGGAGUGACUCUAUUAUCUUGGGAAGACCCUCCUUAGCCACAACAAGGGCUAUCAUAGAUGUUGAACAAGGAGAGUUGACCCUAAGGGUACAUGAUAAAAGCAUUACUCUAAAUGUCUUUCCAGAAACACAUCAUAAUGAUGAAAAGGAAAAAUGCAUGGAGGUUGACAAAGAAGACUUGCAGAGGAAGGAAGAAAUCAACAAGACACUCAGUAACUCCUUUCUAGAGCAAGAGACAAGCAGCAAAGAAGGACAAAAGGAGAAUGAGACUCUAAAGAAGGAUGAAAGAAAGAAAGAAGGAAGUGAGGUGUUAGCCACUAAGAAGACAGAUUCCAAAACGACAAAGAAGAUUGAGAAGGAGACAAGAAAAGGGAACAAGCACGGUCAAGACAAUGCAAAAAGAAGGUCACAUGUGCUUAGAAGAGCGUGCUUUCUUGGGAAAAAAUCUUCAUGGCUUUGCACCUUGGAUACCGAACCACAUGCAGCCAAUGAAGGAGCAAUCCUUGUCUUCACUCCUUCUCACAUGUAG